UUAGAAAUUGAUACCCAGAGCUAGCUGAUCAAUGCAUGCUAGGUAUAGGAUCAGGAGCGACUGGUUUCUUGUCCUAAAGUGAAGAUCCAAGAUGUCCAAGCUUAGAAGUCACCUUGCAUGUUUGGUAGAUGCUAAUACAGCUGAUGAAACCAAACUGAAGGCAGCUCAAGAAGUCAGCGAAAAUUUAGAAACGAUCGUGAGCUCCCAGCACUACCAGAACUUCCUGGAUACGGCUAUACCCAUCUUCCUGCAGCUGCUUAAAGAUGGUGAGCCUCAAUUUACUGCUGAGAGCAAUGUUCAGCAACUCCGCAAGCUUGUGCUGGAGCUCAUUCAUCGACUGCCAGCCAACGAUUACCUCAAAGGGCAUGUCAAGUCGAUCCUGUCCACCAUGUUCCACCUACUGGAGGUUGAGAACGAGGAGAACGUGUUAGUGUGUCUGAGGGUCAUCAUAGAGCUGCACAAGCAAUACAGACCCUCUGUGUCCGCAGAGAUCACGAGAUUCCUACAGUUUGUGAAGAGUAUUUAUGCUGACCUUCCAAAGACCAUGUCUUCUCUGUUUGAGCCUAUCGAGGGUGAGAGUUCGGAGGAAGCCACUAAACCAUCGUCGUCCCUGCCCAAGGCGGCCACCUCUCUGAAGGUUCUGGCAGAGUUACCCAUCAUAGUGGUCCUCAUGUACCAGUUGUACAAGGCCACGGUUCACUCGACAGUCUCCGAGUUCAUCCCCCUGACGAUGAAAACCAUUGUCCUCCAACCGUCGGCCAAGGCUCGGUCAGCCCCCUCAUUCAACAAGGAGACGUACGUGGACUUUGUGGCCAUUCAGAUCAAGUUCCUCUCGUUCCUCGCCUACAUCAUCAGGAUCUACCAGGACCAGGUGAACACGUACGCCCAUAACAUUGUGCAAGGCUUGAUAGCGCUUCUCCACAACUGCCCACAAGAAGUGGCUCAUCUCAGACGAGAGCUUCUAAUAGCAGCACGCCACAUCCUCGCCACUGACCUGAGAACACGGUUUGUCUCGUGCAUUGACCAACUAUUUGACGAGAACCUCCUGAUUGGAGCGGGAUGGACGACCAGGGAGACAGUGAGGUCACUGGCGUAUAGUAUACUGGCCGAUCUGGUCCACCACAUCAGGGGACAGCUGUCCCUACCACAGCUGGCUCUGGCCGUACAGGUGUUCUCUAAGAAUGUCCAUGACGACAGCCUCCCUGUCAGUAUACAGACCAUGUCCUGCAAGCUCAUCCUAAACCUUGUGGAGUGUAUACGCCAGAAGGCAGAGCAAGACCCAUCAGGUCGAGAAAUCUUGAUGAAGAUGAUGGAAGUGUUUAUCCUUAAGUUCCAGACUAUUGCAGACUACCAGAUACCAGAGAUAUUCUCACGAUGUGUUCAGCCGGCAUCAGAGGGUGGGGUCAGUCCACCACCCACGCAAGAGAAUGGGGACGAUGGGAAGAAGGGGACUUCCUCCACUACCACACCCACCAACGGCACGUCGUCCCCUCCCCUCUCUGUGACCGACUGCCGUGGGAUUGUCAAGACAUUGGUGUGUGGUAUGAAGACCAUCACUUGGGGGGCGGGGUCUUGCAAGGUACCUGGAGCUACUGCCGCAGACAUACACACCCAGGGUCAGAAGGUGUUCCUACCUCACGAGACACUGCAGUUUGUGCGACUAUUUCGUCACGGUUUAGUGGCUCUGGACAUCUACCGAGUCAACAAUCUACCCAAUGGUGGCCACACCCUCAGGAGCGCUAAUUGUCAAACUGUCAAGACUAAAGAAGAGAAGGAAGUGCUGGAGCACUUUGCAGGAGUGUUCACCAUGAUGAGCAUGACCAUGUUCAAGGAGGUGUUCACUGAGCUGGUGGAGUAUCUAGUGGAGAGGAUACAGAACAACUACGCCCUUCAGAUACUGCCCAAUGCUCUACUGGCUAACAGCAGUACCUCCGCCACCUUCGCAUCUAUACUACUGGGGUUCCUCUUGAAGCGUAUGGACGACAUGGGCAGAGAUAUGGAGAAGUCAAACCUCUACCUCAAGCUAUUCAAGCUGGUCUUUGGUUCAGUCACUCUCUUUGCUCAGGAGAAUGAACUCAUGCUGAAGCCACACCUCCACGAGAUUGUGAAUCGUUCGAUGAGUCUGGCCAACACUGCCAGUGAGCCGUGUAACUACUUCCUUCUACUGAGGGCUCUGUUCAGGUCCAUAGGUGGUGGCAGUCACGAGCAGCUCUAUCAGGAGUUCCUGCCCCUCCUAUCGGACCUUCUGCAGGGUCUGAAUAGACUCCAGAGUGGUCAACACAAGCCGUACAUGAAGGACCUGUUUGUUGAGUUGUGUCUGACGGUACCAGUGAGACUGAGCUCCCUCCUCCCCUACCUGCACAUGCUCAUGGACCCUCUGGUCUCAGCCCUCAACGGAUCUCAGACACUCAUCAGUCAGGGACUGAGGACACUGGAACUGUGUGUGGAUAAUCUGCAACCUGACUUCCUCUACGACCAUAUCCAGCCGGUACGUGCUGAGCUGAUGCAGGCACUGUGGUCUACACUCCAUAAUUCUGAUGACAACGUUGCCACGGUAGCGUAUCGGGUAUUGGGCAAGUUUGGAGGGAGCAACAGGAAAAUGCUGUCCACCCCUCAACCACUGCAGUACAAGGACACACUCCAGGAAGGUGCUGCCCUCCGUGUGACCUUCCCUCACACAGAGGACGGGCACGUGGACUUACAAGUGGGUGUGGUCAUAGAGGCGGCCCUCAAAGUGCUCCAGCCGACACAAACUAGCAGCACGGUUGACUCGUUCUAUAGACAGCAGGCCUGGGGGGUCAUCCAGUCAUUCUUGGUUGCCAUGUUGAAUCUAAGUGACGUGGACUCUGACCUCUACAACCUCUUGAAGGGUGUGACAUACCAACCUACAGAGCUACACUCGGGACGACUCAAGCACAUCUGUCUGCCCCAAUGCUCCAAUAAACAGGCCCGGGAUUCAUUCGAGUCUGCUCUCUAUGGAAUCUUCAUUUCAUCGUGCCUGCGUGACCUUCGUACGGAUGCUCUGGUAUUCAUGGCGGGGAUAGUCAAACACAUCACCACUGUAGCAGUACUGCAGCAGUGCAGCUCAACCAACCUCCUCAAGCAACCAGCUGAGGAUGUGAUGGAUGUGUAUGUUCUCUUGGACUCAAUCACUAAGUGCAUGUGCUCUGAGGAGAAGGAACUCAACAAGAUCGGAGAAUUAGCACUGAAGAUUGUUAUAGAAACGGCCACCACCAUUCUGGGAGAUAAGGAGAAAGCGUCGGAGCUGCCUUUGUUUGAGGUAGCCGUGGACAAGAUGUGUGGAUGCUGCUAUGAGAGGGCGUGGUUUGCCAAGAACGGGGGCUGUUCGGCCAUUCUCUUCCUAAUGGAGAAGAUGCCUCUAAAGUGGGUUAUCAGUCACCAGCUAACUUUCGUCAUGGCCCUUCUUUACGUCCUCCUCGAUCUGACCAAUGAGGUGUCUUCCGGCACCAUGGAUCGCACCAAAGAGUACAUGGAUAAGCUCCUGUCGCUAUGUAACUCACAGCUACCGACAGAAGAGGCGGAGCUUACUAGCGUACAAGAGAAGGCGACAUUUGCCGUGUGUCGACACCUGGUGAAGGAGGUGAUAUCUCCAAACGAGCAUGUCCGGAAACAGGCACACCACUCUCUCCGUCAACUAGCAGACAUCUCCCACAAGUCAGUCACAGAACUGAUGGAGCCACACAAAGAGAUCCUAGCUGACAUGAUACCUCCAAAAAAACACUUGCUCAAACACCAGCCAGUGAGCACGCAGAUAGCUCUGAUGGACGGGAACACGUUCUGUACCACACUCUCCCCUCGUCUCUUCUCUCUCAAGCUGUCCAUCAAUGAACACCAGGUCUUCUUUCAGGAGCUGAUCUUCCUGUGUGACAGUGAUGAUGCCACUCUGGCUAAGCUGCCUUGUUACCGCUCAGUUCCCUCACUCACACCUCUCAAGGUGAGUGGACUGGCGGCACUGGCUGCUUGUCACUACCUGCCCGAUGUAAGGGAGAAGGUGUUCACUGUACUCUACAAGGCCAUCAACUCCACCGUCAAGGAGCUACAGGAGGCAGGAAAGGACGCAAUGAAGAAGUUCAUGGCUGAGCACAGCCAGGCCGAUAUUGAGCUGGUCCACAGUGCACUGAGACCACUGCUCAUGAUGCUGGGGGACUAUCGUAACCUCAAUCCCACCCUGCUCCUGAGACUCACUCACAUGAUCGAACUAUUCCCCACAUCGUUCAACGAGAAAAUGUGCAACUCUCUAAUGGCCCACCUCCGCAGUUGGAUGGAGGUGGUAAGCUCCACCUCUCAGAUCCCGGCUCGUAAGGGAGAUGAGGUUCAGAUCUGUCUCCACAUCAUGAACAUGUUCCACCUCCUACCAGCCUCCACCUUCAGACUGUUUGAGCCACUCUUGAUCCUGGCCCUCAAAGGAGAGAAGGCCCUCGGAAUUGAGUUGGGCAGUCCGUUUCGGCAACCUGUGUUAAAGUUUGCUCUCAAGUUUCCUUCCAACACGGUCGAUUUUUUUCUGUGUCGUCUUUUUGACUCCGCCCUAUCUCGUCUCUUUCUUUAUUUCGUCUGUCGCAAGGAGGGUGCUCCGCUGGUUGAGUCACUGGCCACCUCCCCUCAGAAGAUCAUCAGCACUACAUUCACUUUAGCUUCCCAGCUGCUAGGAGACGACUCUGCCGUGAAGAGGCGGGAACUACAGUUUCAGGGAGUGUCCCUUUGUCACAUGCUAGUAGAGGGGAAUGAGGAAUGGAUAAAGGACCAACCUCUAAUGGUGGACUUCCUCAGGAAGAUGUGGGUGGCUGAGGCCUACCACAGCAAACUGGCCACUGACAACAUCAAGCUCAAGUACUGGGAGGAGUGCUCUAUGCUAGUGACAUGCCUCCUGACUCACUGCAAGCAUCACCAUGACGACGUGACCACACUAUUCCAACUGCUCCGUGUAUUCACCACUCGUCAUGUCAAAUCGUUUCAUUUCCUCACCUCUUAUUUGGAGAACGAUGUGGCAAAGCUGUACCCCAUUGCAGAGAAGAGAGUGGUCUUCUUCAAGUUUGUGGAACUGUUUACUGAUACUGAGUUCCCACAAGAGCUCAAGGGAAAGAUUCUUCAGUACAUUCUGAUCCCCAUGUUCACGGCCACGUUUGAAGAGGGCAAAGGUGACGAGUUGCUGGGGGGAGCCCCUGAUCCGGAGCAUGAUAACGAUGAGAAUAUUAUCAGUGUGUUUAUCAACAAAGUCAUCAAUCCAGACAAACCUUUUGGAUCUUCAGACUCUGUGUGUAUCCUCCUCCUUCAACUCUCCUCCUUGCUAGUGGAGCACGCUGCCCCUCACAUCCACGACUCUAACAACAAGAGACAGGGAGCCAAGCUUCGGAGACUAAUGACCUUUGCAUGGCCGUGUCUACUACCUAAACAAUGUGUAGACCCGGCCACCAAGUAUCACGGUCAUCUGCUGUUGGCUCAUAUCAUUGCCAAGUUUGCUAUCCACAAGAGAAUUGUGCUGCAAGUAUUUCACAGUUUACUAAAAGCUCAUGCCCUGGAGGCACGGUCCAUCGUACGACAGGCUCUGGACAUCCUCACCCCCGUGGUACCCAUAAGAAUGGAGGACGCUAAUGCGACGCUGGUGCAUUGGACCAAGAAGAUUAUUGUAGAGGAGGGACACUCAGUGGCGCAGCUUAUACACAUGCUUCAGUUGCUGUGUCGUCACUACCGAGUCUACUACCCUGUACGUCAACACCUGGUGCAGCACAUGGUCUCCUCCAUCCAGCGCCUCGGGCUGACACCCAACGCCACCAUCGAGCAGAGGAAGCUGGCCGUCGAUCUGGCCGAGGUCAUCAUCAAGUGGGAGUUCCAAAGGGUUCGUGAGUCUCAAGAAGCUGACCCUGAGCCAAUGGACACUGAUGGUGCCCCGCCUGCUGCCACACCCACUGCCACACCCACCACCUCUGGCCUGGGGCUCAAGAGGACGGCCAGUGAUGGAACGGGGGAUAGUAAGAAGGCACGGACUCAGACCACCGUGGCCGACCCUCAAUGGAGUCUGGAGAAGCAACACGCCGAUGCCAUCAUCAACUUUCUCAUCAGACUAGCGUGUCAGGUCAACGACAGUCAGAGUCUACCAGUGGGCGGAGUCACCACGCCCGGCGAGGCCCUCUCCAAGCGGUGUGUCACUCUCGUCAAGACCUCGCUCAAACCUGACAUCUGGCCCAAUAUUGACAUUAAGAUCCCGUGGUUUGCCAAGCUCUUCGAUGCUCUCACACAAACUGACCCCUCCACUGGCAACUCUGUAGCCAAUUACGCCAACAUCUGCACAGCACUCGACCUUCUAACCUUCCUCCUACAAGUACUGCCCCAGAACGUCAUCCUGGCUGGCUUCAAGACUCUACAUAAAGGACUCAAUGUGUGCAUGACGUGUGGUAACACUAAGGUGGUGCGAUACGUCCACGCUCUACUGACCAGGCUGCUCGGAAUGUUCCCACCGGAGCAUGCUUCCUCAGCAGUGGCCUCUAAAUAUGAUGAGCUAGACAUCCUGUACGCCUCUGUUGCCAAGGUGAUAUCGGAUGGUCUAUCAUUGUCUGAGAAGGCGUCCACGCUCGGUCUGAGUCAGCUGCAAUGUACUCUCAUGGUGCUCAAGGCUCCCUGCAAUAACGACCCGUGCUACAUUGACAGAUUUCUGACGCUAUUCCUGAAGGUGACCCAGCGUCUGCACAAGGAGCACAUCACCCUCGUAACGCCCUCAGGGGACAGUCAGACCGUGUCUGAGCUACUCCAAUGGUCUCUGGACAUGAUUAAGACUCGACUAUCUGUGAUGCCUCAGGACACACGCAAAGCUUUCUUGAAUAUUCUGACCAGUCUGAUUGAGAAGAGUCCGGAUCCUAAGCUUCUGAAAGUGGUCACUAAGAUGGUGGAGGAGUGGGUUAAGGCUAAGCACGAGCACCCGGGUCAUUCAUCCCCCUCCCUACGAGAGAAGUCCCUCCUCCUCACUCGGAUGAUGGUCUUCUAUGAAAAGAGGUUCCCAGACGAUCAAGAACUACUCGCCCAGUUCCUAGAAAUCAUUCUAUUUGUCUACAAAAACGAGAGUGCCAGUUCCUCGGAGCUGCUGGCCAAGUUGGAGCCCGCCUUCCUCUGUGGCCUCCGCUGUCCGCAGGUGCCCAUGAGGUCAAAGUUCCAGGAGGUGUACGAGGGAAGCGUAUCACAGAGGGUGUUUGACAGGAUGCUCUAUGUACUCUGCUCUCAGAACUGGGAGCAUUGUGGAAGCUACUUCUGGGUCAAGCAUUGCAUUGAUCUGGUCCUGACGGCUGGGUCCCAUGAGGACCUGAUAAACCACUCCCCCUCAUCCCCUCGGCUCCCUUGUAUCUCCUCUAUCAGUCACAUCACGACCACUGUCACCACUGACGUCACUGAACCACCAGCUAUCUCAACUCAACUACCUGAGGAGUUGCUGGUUAUGGAGGGUAACGACUCCAGCGGGGGUGAAGACGGAAGAGGGGGUGCUCUGAAGAAACUGGCCUCCAAAUUAAACUCGUUUCUCACUGACGCUCGUACAAUCAAGACCGGGCAAUACCUGAUCUCAUUGGCCCACCUCUGUCACCUGGACACGGAGUUAGCUCACCAUGUUUGGAUCGACCUCUUCCCUCGGGUGUGGACAGCACUCUCUGAUGCACAGAGAGAGGUAGUGUCCAGGGAGGUGAGUCCAUUCAUGUGCAGUGGCGCCCACCUGGUACAGAUGGACUCUCACCCCAGUGCUGUCGGCAGCUUCCUGGAGGCCGUGGUCAAGUGCAAGCCACAACCACAGAUCAGGUCGUGCAUACUGAAGUACCUUGGUAAAACACACAACUAUUGGCAUGGCUCCGCCCUGCUGCUAGAGGAAAGGGUGCUCUCUGAACAAGAGGUAGCGGGAAAGGUACGACAGAUCCCCUCCUAUGAUGGUAACUAUGGAGACCAAAUUCUGGACCCUCUACAACAGGAGUCUCUGGAUUCUCUCUCGGAGCUCUACUCCUCCCUGUCGGAGGACGACAUGUGGGCGGGACUAUGGACUGAGCGUGCCCAGUUCCCAGACACGGCGCUGGCUAUUGUGUACGAGAGUCAGGGGCUCUUUGAGCAGGCGCAGGAGACUUACGAGCAGGUGAUCAAGCAGGCGCGAGAGCUUCACAACUCCGCCCCUGCCCCGCCCAGUAUCCUUCCAGAGUACAAGGUGUGGGAGGAGCAUUGGUGUCGCUGCUCUAAAGAGCUCGGUCAUUGGGAGACUCUUAACGACUUUGGGAAGUCUCAGAAUGGAAUUAACCCUUUCUUAGUCCUGGAGAAUGCGUGGCGUGUGCAAGACUGGACAGCCAUGAAGGAAGCCUCCACACAAGCAGAACCAAUUUGCUCUGAGAACUACAGCGCUCGUCUUAAUCUCCUCCGAGGCUUCCUAGCUCUAUGCUAUCCUGAUGAGCAGAGAUUAAGUGCCGUGGAGAAGUUAAUUGAGGCAGCCAGUAUUCAGGGCAUCAAGCAAUGGCGGAGGCUACCUAAGAUUGUGUCUCACGCUCAUGUCUCUCUGCUGCAGCUCUCCCAGCAGAUCAUGGAGCUUCAGGAGGCGACCACCAUUCACAGUGGCCUGCAGUCGGGUGGACUAACUAGACAAUCAUUUCAGACCGAGAUUAAGACCAUCUUUAAAACAUGGAAAAACCGCUUGCCGAACUGCUCAGAUGACUUAAGCCACUGGAGUGACAUUUUCUCUUGGAGGCAACUACACUACAAACACCUAGUGAAGGCUUAUGAGGGAUCCACUCAGAGCAACCAGGCAAUGUUGAUAGUACACCACUCAGCCAGUGCCAUCAUCCAGUACGCGAGGAUAGCCCGCAAGCACCAGCUGUUCCCCGUGUGUCUGGACUCCCUCAGCAAGAUCCACAGCAUCCCCAGUGUCCCCGUAUUGGACUGCUUCCAGAAGAUCAGACAGCAGGUCAAGUGCUACCUCGGCAUGUCCUCUUUGAUGGAGGACAGUGAGUUGGAUGAAGCCAUGGAUGUCAUAGAGUCCACCAACCUCAAGUACUUCACCAAGGAGAUGAUAUCUGAGUUUAUGGCUCUCAAGGGAACGUUCCUCGCUCAGAUUGGAAGAGCUGAGGAGGCCAACAAGUCGUUCAGUGCAGCUGUCCAGCUCCAUGACAACCUGGUCAAGGCCUGGGCACUGUGGGGAGACUUCCUAGACAUCCUCUUCGAUCAAGACCACAAUCUAACCCUCGGAGCUUCAGCCCUAACUUGUUUCCUCCAUGCAUGUCGUAAUCAGUCGGAGGGGCGCUGUCGCAAGUACAUUGCACGGAUAUUUUGGAUAUUGUCAUUUGACGACGAUAAAGGGACACUUGCGGAGAUUGUUGAUAAAUAUUACGGAGGGAUUUCCCCGAUGCAUUGGUUGCCAUGGAUACCACAGCUGUUGACGUGCCUGGUACGAAAGGAGGGCGGUCACAUGUUGAAUUUAUUAUGUUCUCUGGGGAAGGCCUACCCUCAGGCACUCUAUUUCCCGAUUAGGGCUCUCUACCUAUCACUCAAGAUGGAGCAGAGGGGAAAACAUAAAGCUGACCAGGCGUCCAAGGUUUCGACCCCUAUGACCUCCUCUGAGUCCUCCCUCCUCCAAGGAGAGCCCAUGGACACGGGCGAGAAGCCACCCGAGAAUCAACAUUCUGUGCUGGUUGCUAAACUGGCUGGAACACCUACUUCUCAGCAAGGGCUCAAAGACAGUCUCUCUGCCUCCGCCAACAGCACACAGUCCUCCUCCUCUAGCACUGGAGAGACGGCCCAGAUCCGAGCCCCAGCGUCCCUAUGGCGAUGUAGUCGUAUCAUGUAUCUACUCCGAGACCUCCACCCCACCCUCUUGUCAGCACUGGAGGGGAUAGUGGAUCAGCUGGUCUGGUUCAGGGAGAACUGGUACGAAGAGUUGCUACGGCAACUGAAUGAGGGACUUAUCGUUUGUCAAGCUGCAGCAUUUGAGAACAGGACUGACGUUGUGAACGCCAAGAUCUCCCCAGAGAUGAUACAGUUUGUGGCCAAGCUGGUCAACACAUUCGGCAUUGGACUGGAGCAGAGUGGUCUUGCAGGAUCUAGUGCGGGUGGGGCCAUAUCUCACGAAGCGCUGGCCAAGAGGGCGCAGGCAGCUGCUCAGGACCCGGCAUUUCAACGACUCAAGGCCCAGUUCGCUAAUGACUUUGAUUUCAGUUCCCCCAACUCUCAGAAACUGCACAUGCUGAUAGCCAAACUGAAGAGGUGGAUCAAAAUACUGGAACUCAAGACCAAAUCACUGCAAAAAUCGUUUCUUCUAGAAGACAGGUGUCGAUUCCUAAGCAACUUCUCCCUAGCAACGGCCGAUGUGGAGAUACCGGGUGAAUACCUCUUCCCUAAGCCCAUGCCAUACUUCGUGCGGAUUGCUCGCUUCAUGCCACGAGUGGAGAUUGUUCAGAGACACAACUCUACAGUGAGGAGGCUCUACAUCCAGGGACACAAUGGAAAGAUCUACCCGUACCUAGUCCUCAACGACCCCCAGGGUAGCAGGUGUCGCUCAGAGGAGAGGAUCCUGCAGCUGCUCAGUAUGGUCAACCUCUUCCUAGAAAAGGACAAGGAGACGUGUCGUCGUAACCUUGUGUUCACAAUACCCCGAGUGGUGGCAGUGUCCCCUCAGAUGAGGCUAAUCGAGGACAACAAGUCAAGCAUAUCACUGGCCGAUAUCUUCAAACAGUACUGCUCCGCCCACAAUCUGGACUGGGACUGUGCCAUGGUCAAGUAUUACGAGGCUCUUAGCCACGCCCAGAGCCUCAACGAACCUUUAACCCCUCAGCUACUCUAUAAAAUAUUCAACCAGAUCCAAGCAACCCUCAUACCACCAACAAUACUGCGGGAAUGGGCAGAGCAAACCUACCUCACCACAACCGACUACUGGACCUUCAGGAAACAGGUGACCAAUCAACUAUCAUUGUGUGGUCUGGUUGAGUUUGUGUUCCACUUGUCUCGAGUGGACCCGGACAUACUCCACAUCACCUCCAACACUGGACAACUCACUCAGUCCUUCUUCACCUUUCAAAUCAACCAAAAAGGUUGUCUCGACGCCCAUCGUCCCGUUCCGUUCCGUCUUACCCCCGGACUGCAGACCCUGAUCACUAAACUGGGGCUGACUGGUCCCCUCCAGAUGUCAAUGUUGUCCGCCGCCAGGUGCCUAGUCCAACCCAGCGUCAGUCUGGAGAGCAUUCUGAGAGCUGUGCUCAGGGACGAGUUCAUCUCAUGGAGGAAAAGAGAACAGGAGAGCCGGAGCAGUGCCCCAGUGAGCAGUGCUGAGAUCGAAGACAGUGAUGUUGUCAAACUGGUUAUGAACGGUGUCACUGCCAUUAUGACAAGGCUACACAAUGUGGCUGAGCUGGAGGGUGGGGAGUCCAAGGUGACCACACUCAUCGGGGCAGCUGCUAGCAUAGACAAUGUCUGCAGAAUGGAUCCCUCUUGGAACCCAUGGAUCUAGUCAACACUAUAGCUAGUACUGAUAUCACUACUUCUGUUCUAUAGGGUUAAUUGAUUAUAAUUAUGUUGUACACAUACAGUUUUGGCAUUUACUUAUACCACUAGAGAACAAUUCAUUGCCUCUGUUUAAUUAUGUAAUUUUUCUUCACGUUUGAAACGGUUACCGG